UUUCAAAAUAGAAAACCAAAAAAGUUCAUAUAGAGAAAAUGGCAAAUGAAGGGGAUAUAUAUAUGUCUUAAUUGGUUUUAAUUACUUUGAUAAAAAGUUAAAAAAAAAAUUUUAAAAAAAGUUUACGGGUUUUGACGGGUUCCCACGGAAAACCCGCAAACCCGCUGGGUUUGGCCCGUGAAACCCAUUAAGCUAACGGGUUCUUACCGGGUCAGCCCGUUAAAAACCCAACCCGUUAAGAACCCGCACCGUACCCGCACGUUGCCAGGCCUACGCGAGCCACUCUCUGAGCUUGAAGGUUCUUGGCGUGCACAGCAAAGGGCAUCUGAGGGUUUUGGCGACAAUUGGAGAACACAGAAGACCUAAGUGCUUGGAUUUCUCCACUUUUGUGUGUGGCAGGGUCUGCCAAAAGCAGUUAGGCUUUGCGUGUUUAUCGACGUCAAGGAGCAGAACGUGAACGUCUUAAGCGCUUGGAUUCCUCCACCUUUGCUCGUGGUAGGGUCCACUAAAAGCGGUUAGACUUUGCGUAUUUGGUGGUUCACGAAGAGAAGAACGCGGACGUCCUAAACGCUUGGAUUCCUCCACAUUUGUGCGUGGUAGGGUCCACUGAAAGCGGUUAGACUUCGCGUAUUUGGUGGCUUACGGAGAGAAGAACGCGAACGUCAUAAACGCUUGGAUUCCUCCACAUUUGUGCGUGGUAGGAUCCACUGAAAGCGGUUAGGCUUCGCAUACAUCGUCAGGCACUUGCGAUCGCCCUUCCCGUCCUUUUGUGGCCAUGGCCUUCUUCAAGUGCUUCAAGAAAGGGACAGUCACCAUCCUCGAGGAUCCGGAGGACGCUCAAAGUGAUGGCACUACUCUGCAAGUGCACCCAUCGUUGACUGGGCCUCAAGCAAUUGAUGUCCCUCCUUAUGACCCUUCAGCUCACAUCCUCUAGUGGACUCAUGUGGUACCUCGCCAGCUAGCUAUGUUUCGACAACCUAGAUCUGGAAGAGACCAACAAAACUCGCAUGUACUGUUGCUGAAGUCUUCGCAUCAUGAUCAGAACACUCCUCAGACCCCAUUCAAGCUUCUCAGCGAUCGUGUACGCAACGGUUCAGUGAAGUGGAGCAGUGCAUUUUGUGCAAACAAGGGCUUCUCUUACACAGAGUUCUACUGGGAAUGGGUAGAAGAUAUCUUAAGUAGGAAUGGCAAGCUUACUCGGGAGGCCGGUCUCUAUCGAGCGAUAUUCGCCUCACUAUUCAGCUAUGACUGUGUUGCAUCUGUCAUACGGGCUUUCUGCGAGUACUGGUGCCCCACAACGAACACCCUCCACACUUCUAGCGGGGAAAUGUCCAUCUCUCUCUGGGAUGUGGACCAACUUGGAGGUUUUUCCAUUGCUGGACGAUUUUAUGAUGAAGUUGUUCCAGCUGCUGAGGAGCUUUCUGCAACAAGCAAAGGGAGUCAACAGAGCUGCCGCUAUGUUUUUCUCGCCUACCAUAAUCUCUGCAAGGAAAGCCAAAGGCAGAAAGUGAAGAUAACUUCAUGGAUAUGAUAUUGGUAUAGAGGAGCUUUGCACUAUAAGAGGCCUCCAAACAAAAGCACCAGGAACAAAAGAGAUCCGCCCCAGAAUGUGUUCAAUCCAUCUGGCAGGAUCCAUGAGAUUCGACAACGUACUUCUGCAGACCUCACAGUAUUUGAUGACUUAGGCAUUGAGAGUGAAGAUGUAGAGCCCACCUAUUUGGCUGCCUUUCUUGCUUGUUGGUUGUGUCUGUUUGUUUUACCUAGAGACGACACUGGUUUGAUUCGUCCGGGAGUAUUCAAAGUUGCCAGCAAAAUGUCACAGGGUGUACAGUUUUCCUAGCAGUACCAGUGUUGGCCAGCAUCUAUCAAGGUUUAGGCGAGAUUUCUGUUUCCAGCGAUCCAAGUAACUGCUCAGCUGCCCUUCCUUUUCAUUAUAUUUAUGCAUGGCUAGCGGAGUACUUUGGCACCCACUUUCAGUCUCCACUUCCUAAUGACCUAAGGCCCCGUAUGGUUCGCUUCUCCGGAGAAUUUUCAGCUAAACAUUGUGGAGACUCACAGGCUCUUUCUUUGUUCAAUGCAUGUGACAAUGUGAGGAUGGAUGCAUUUUCCAGGGUAUUUUCGGAGAGCAGGGUGAUUACCAACCGCGAUAAGAUCUCCCAUUUAGACCUCAUACUCAUCAGCCUUCGAUAUGGGUAUCUUUAUCUCAGACAGGAUAACCGACGAGUCAUUCAGCCAUACAGUCCACAUCGGUUUAGUCGACAGUUUGGUUAUGUCCCAGACAUUCCUGGCAGCCUUAAGAAUGACAUUCGCACCAGCGUAUUGGCUUUGAUUUAUAAGCAUUGGGAUUCUUGCACCAGAAUGAACACCAAGUGCAUGGUAACGUUGCCGAUCCAGAGUGCUAUCACGGAGUACAUGGUUACCCGAGACUAUGUCGAUUGGUGGUCUAAAGUGUACCGUUCUACACCAGUGAAGGCAACGAAAGAAGCGUCUACUAGUAGACCACUGCACAAGACUCUGAAAGAAAAAGAAGAUAAAAAUGUCACCCGUGCAACACCGCCUCAUCACAAAAAUGUGAUUCCUCGUGAAGUUAAAUGUAGCACCAACGUCCCUGCGCCUCCAAAUAGGACUUUGCUUCCUAGUAGUGAUUGCCAGACUCAUCUACUCAGCACUCUAGAUGAUGAUGGGGACUCUUUAGAUUCUCACAUUGCUUUGGUUCAUCCACCUAAGUUGAAAAGACCUGCCAUAAAAGAAAGAAGGCGGAGUGGAAGCAGCGGUAGCAAUAAUAGUGAAGUGCACUUUAAGCGUCUGAAAACUGACACCAGUCUUGGCCCUAUUUAUUGUGAUCCCAAUGCUGAGUUCACUCUGAAUACUGACUUUCUUGGUGACAUUUCAACUUCUUCACAACCGAUGCUGCAACGAAAUGAGGGUGCAGAGAUUGAUGAUCAUUCACUUUGGGGGAAUGAUGACCCCUCUUCAGACCCUAUACGUGUUCUUUCUGCAGCGGAACUUAAGGCUUACGCUUUACCCACGAAAGGAAAAUCCAAUGCAAAGAAUGACUCACAGCAAAUUGACCCUACAGGUCCACUUAUCAAGGUGCAUCCUCCUAAGCCUCUGAACACCAUAGCCUUUUCUGAGGCCUCUCUUAGUGGAGCUGCUAUUAUAGAUGCCAGCCAAAGACUUCGUGAUAUUCGUCAACAAGCUGCUACUGCAGUUUGUGAACAAAUUGAAGAUAUGAUAAUGAAGCACUCCUCAAAGACCAUUCUUUCCAGCAAGGGGGAACUUGACAAGCUGAUAGCUGAGCUUAGCCAAUAUGGGAUUGAUCCUUCAUCCGUAAGGGGAAAAGUUGAAGGAUUGUUGACUAGUGCUGACCAAUACAACCUGGCACGACUUUCUUGUUCACGCAAGGCUACUCCAGGCACACGUAAUCAACGUCUGGCUGACACAGAGUCAGAAAUUACGAAGGUCACUUCAAUUCGUCAAGCUGACUCUGAUCAUCGUCAAUCUGCACUCAAGUCUUUGGAGAAAUUAAAGAGGAGCAGCGAAAAUUGGAGCAAACAAUGACUUUACUAGAUGAAAGACUUCUACUACAGGAGAAGAAACUUGUCAACCUAGAAAAAGAGAAGACUGAAAUCCAAGAGACCCCCGAGGUGACCACUGUAGAGCUCGAGACGACAAAAUCAUUGCGAGAUACUUUUGAGAACCACCGCAAUAGCUUCAAGGGUUUGACUUGGGUGUGAAGAGCUGUUCUCCAUUCAUAACUUAUGAUGAUUUUUUUUGUUCAUUUUCCUUUAUUACUUGUAAUAAAUCAAACUUUGACAGUCAUAACUUAUUAUGGAAAUAAAGUAUCAUUUUAUU